GCAAGGCUGAGGCGGAUGAGGCGAGCGCAUCCGGCGCGCCGAAGAAGGAGGACGCCGAUGGCGUGCAGGAGAUGCAGACGGGCGCGUAAGCAGCCGCGUGUGCCCAUCGAUGUCCACGCCGCCGGCAGUGCCUUCGCCGCACGACCCUGCGCUCGAUCUUGACACUGCACGCAAUAGCCCUCCCGCCCUGCUCCCCCCCCCCCCCCCCCCCCCCCCCCCCCCCCCCCCCCCUUCUCCGCUGCUCGCUCGCUCUGGCCCCUCCCCCUCCUCGUCGAGACGGGGGCUCGAAGGACCUCAUACCCAAGCUCUCAAGCCGCAUGCCAACUCGCAUUCUUCCUCGCACCCACCUGCACGCUUGCCUUCUCCUCUCCUCACUCUGUCGCGUUCGUGGCUGUGCCUCUGUCAUGUUACCCUCGCCUCAUCCCAUCAAGGUGCUGCAAUGCGACUUGCAUCGCAUGUACACCUGGCGCCGUGGGUCAGGACAAAACUUCGAUUUCGUGUGACGGACCUUUCGGGAUGAGUCGAACGUGACGACGGGAAGGGGAAUGCGGCUCAUGUGUGUGGGAGUUUGUGUGAAGGGUAAGCAGCGUUGUGGUCGUGCGUGUAUGAUGAUAUGCCUCGUGCUGGGAUGUCGAUGAGUGUGAUCGUGCCGUAAGGUAGGGGGAGGGGGGUAGAAGGGGAAAGGGAAUGCGGGCGCGACGCUGUGCUUGAUCGCACACAGGAGGCCCUUGUAGGGCCAGUUCGGC